ACCCGUGGUAAAAGUGGGUGCAGGGGAUUUUCUCAGGAUCGCCCUUCUCUUCAAAGUUCCUUCAUUUUAGAGCAAGAAAUAAGGAGAACAAAGGUCAGAAAAUGAGAUGAGCCUACUGGGCUGAGGUUGCAACCUGGCUGGUGACUCCCUGUAACCCGGUAGGAAGGUGCAACAGGAUUCUGUUCCCCGGUCUCCCAGUGGGAGUUUGAAGCUCCAAGUUGAGCCUAGGAAAGCCCAAGCCAGAACCAAACCCGGGUUUUUUUUCACUGAGACUCCUUCCGGCCAGCCUGGGAUGGAUUGUGUGCAUUUGCAGGCCCAAGGAUGCUGUGCUGUUGUUUGCUGAACUCAGGGUCUAGCUUCUUGGAAGCCCUGCUGUGUGCUUUGCCGAGGCUGAACUCAUAGACGCGACCUUUGCCCUCGAUUUCCCCUGGAAGAUGAAGUGUGUGUUGGUGGCCACUGAGGGCGCAGAAGUCCUCUUCUACUGGACAGAUGAGGAGUUUGAGGAGAGCCUCCGGCGGAAGUUCAGGCAGUCAGAGAAUGAGGAAGAGGAGCUCCCUGUGCUGGAGGACCAGCUCAGCACCCUCCUGGCUCCAGUCAUCAUCUCCUCCAUGACGGUGCUGGAGAAACUCUCAGACACGUACACCUGCUUCUCAACUGAAAACGACAACCACCUGUAUGUCCUGCAUCUGUUUGGAGAGUGCCUGUUCAUCGCCAUCAGCGGAGACCACAGCGAGAGUGAGGGGGACCUGCGGAGGAAGCUGUGUGUGCUCAAGUACCUGUUCGAGGUGCACUUCGGGCUGGUGACCGUGGACGGCCAGCUCAUCCGGAAGGAGCUUCGUCCCCCUGACCUGGAACAGCGUGCCCGAGUGUGGAAGCACUUUCAGAGACUGUUGGAGACCUACAGCCGCCUGAGGGAACAGGAGCAAAGCUUUGCUGUGGAGGCAGUGGAGCGGCUCAUUCAUCCACAGCUCUGUGAACUGAGCAUCGAGACAUUAGAGCGACAUGUGGUUCAAGCUGUCAACUCCAGCCCUGAGCGGGGCGGUGAGGAGGCCCUGCACGCCUUCCUGCUUGUACACUGCAAGCUGCUGGCUUUCUACUCCAGCCAUGGUGCAAGCACCCUGCGCCCCGCAGAUCUUCUGGCUCUCAUCCUUCUGGUUCAGGACCUCCAGCCCUCCCAAGGCAACACAGAGGAGGAAGAGGAUGACAGCGACAGACCUCAGCCUUUCCCCCAGAGGAGACCCCUAAGCAGCCAAAACAUCCCUGUCCAGCAGGCGAGGAGCCAGAGCACCUCAGUUCCCGUCAGGAGUUCCGAGGAGACAGACACAGACAGUAUCUCUCUCCCUGAAGAGUACUUCACCCCUGCUCCUUCCCCGGGCGAGCAGAGUUCAGGUAGCCUCGUCUGGCUGGAUGGUGGCACCCCGCCCAGCGAUGUUCUCCAGAUGGCUGAGGACAGCCCCAAGGGGCAGGCACCACAUUCCCCAGAACUUUCCAGACCCAGAAGGAUCUUCCUGGAUGCCAACAUAAAAGAAAACUACUGUCCCUUAGUGCCCCACACCAUGUACUGCCUGCCCCUGUGGCCAGGCAUUAACAUGGUGCUGCUGACCAAGAGUCCCAGCACCCCAUUGGCCCUGAUCCUGUACCAGCUGCUGGAUGGCUUCUCCCUACUGGAAAAAAAGCUGAAGGAAGGUCAGGAGGCCGGAAGUGCCCUGCGGUCUCAGCCCUUUGUAGGAGACCUGCGCCAGAAGAUGGAUAAGUUUAUCAAGAAUCGAGUUUGGCAGGAGAUGCAGGACAAGUUUAUCAAGAAUCGAGUUGGGCAGGAGAUUCAGAAUGCCUGGCUGGAAUUUAAGAACAAAGCCUUUUCUAAAAGUGAACCAGGAGCAUCCUGGGAGCUGCUCCAAGUCUGUGGAAAGCUGAAGCGACAGCUGUGUGUCAUCUACCGGCUCAGCUUCCUGGCCACUGCACCCAGCAGGGGAGGACCAUGCCUGCCCCAGCACCUGCAGGACCGAGCCCAGAAACUCAUGAAGGAGCGACUUCUGGACUGGAAGGACUUUCUGUUGGUGAAGAGCCGGAGAAAUGUCACCAUGGUAUCCUACCUGGAGGAUUUCCCAGGCCUGGUUCACUUCAUCUAUGUGGACCGUACAACCGGGCAAAUGGUGGCUCCUUCUCUCAGCCCCAAUGAAAAGAUGUCUUCCGAGUUGGGCAAGGGACCCCUGGCUGCCUUCGUCAAAGCCAAGGUCUGGGCUCUGGUCCGACUGGCCCGCAGGUACCUGCAGAAGGGCUGCACCACAUUGCUGUUCCAGGAAGGAGACUUCCGCUGCUCCUAUUUCCUGUGGUUCGAGAAUGACAUGGGGUACAAACUGCAGAUGAUCGAAGUACCUGUCCUCUCAGAUGACUCAGUCCCCAUUGGUGUGCUGGGAGGUGACUACUACAGGAAGCUCCUGCGCUUCUACAGCAAGAACCGCCCCUCGGAGCCCGUCAGGUGCUACGAGCUGCUCACACUGCACCUGUCUGUCAUCCCCACGGACCUCCUGGUGCAGCAGGCCAGCCAGCUGGCCCGGCGCCUGGGGGAGGCCUCUCGGGUGACCCUGCCCUAGGCUGUCUUGCUUGCAGGCAUUCCCCAAUGAGGAAUGAGUGAGCAGCCUUCUCCGAAGGGAGGGGAUGCCAUGUUUCUGUUGCCCCCAGAACUGUGUGAUCAGAGAUGGCAGCAGCUGCCCUGGAAAGCUGCCCCUCUGGGUGCCCAGAAGAGCAGAGGAAGUCUUAGUACUCAGGCUGUGUGAAGUCACCCCCUUCCUGCCAGUCUGUGUAGGGUGGCUGUUUCCUACCCAAAUGGAAGGUGCUCCGCUCCCUCUGGCUGGCCACCAUUCCAGCUUGCCCCCUUACAACUGGGUGAGUCGUGUUUCCUCACAUUUGAACUGACAACACCUACCUCUCAGGGUGGUCAGGAGGAUUGUUGAACGUGCUCAGGUGCUCAAUAAAUGUCGGUUCUUGUCAUUA